AAACUCAACGCAAUACGGUUCACAAUUGACUGUGGAGUUUAAUUUAGACGUUGUGGCACGCAGUGAAAAGGUGAGCAAGUGCGGAAAACUGUCAGUUGUGAAUCUAUCAGCGCGAUGGGCGGCCGCUCGCUCAACAAUCUGUACUCCUAGUUAGUUUCCUCGGUGCACGUGCUCCAAGUAACCACCAUGAGACACAAGUAGAAUAACAAAGUGAAACAUUAUCUGUGAUAUAACAUAAGGACGCUGGCGUCCGCUUUCUCUCUUUCCCUAAGCAUUUGUAUUAGCGUAGCGAUUUUCUACUAGGAUUUUUUGGAGAAAGCUUUUAGAAAUAUGGAUAGCCAUAAGGAAUCUGAGAGGAAUUGUGAAGAUGGGAAGACUGAGCAGAAGAUGGAGGUGGUAUCCAGAAAAGAACCCUUCUGGGUUUUCGGAUACGGCUCGCUGUGCUGGAACCCAGGGUUCGAAUACCAGCAGUCUGUGACGGGCUACGUGAAAGGGUUUUCCAGGAGAUUUUGGCAGGGGAAUACCACACACCGCGGCACUGAAUCCAAGCCGGGCAGAGUGGCGACGCUUAUAGAAGACAAGGAAGGCAUAACAUGGGGCAAAGCGUUCCUGGUAGCUGGAGAAAAUAACGAGGCGCUGCCCUACCUCUCCACCCGAGAAUGCCAACUCGGAGGCUACAGGGUCUACACAGUCAACUUCCACCCUCGACCGUCUUUAUUCGAGCCAGACAGCUACUCCACCAGCUCGGCAACCACGAUCAAAAAAGAUGCUGUACUAUACAUAGCUGUCCCGGGCAACAGACAUUGGCUGGGCGCUGCACCCUUACCAGACAUAGCCAAGCAGAUUCUAGAAUGCCAAGGAUCUUCAGGGCCCAACGCUGAAUACCUCUUGAGGCUAGCAGACUUCAUGCGAGAAGAAAUCCCUGAAGCGUUGGACGAACAUUUGUUUUCUUUGGAGAGGCUGGUGAGGAAGUUUGCAUCAGACAUGAGGGUCUGCUUGCGAACUCUUAUGGGUGACGCGGGAGAGAGUAGAAGAGAAGAGAAGGCAGAAGCCAAACCAGCGACGCCAAGCUUCCAGUUCGCUUCAAGAGUGCCCGAGAAGAAGCUACGCUGCGUGAAUAUGUGAUGGAGUCUCGGUCAAUUGCGGUUUCAUUUGGACUUUAGAAUAUUUGGAGCAACGGUCUAUUUAUUUGAGAGGAAUUCAACAAACGUAAAUAAAUUCUUGAACAAACUCUUCGAUUCCCAAGGUUUUGGAUGUAAUUUGUUCUUUGAAAAACAUUUAGAAGAUUUUGUGUAUUCGUUUGUCAAUUUCCAAAUAGAUAUUUAGUGAGAUUGAACUAAAUGCACCGAUAAAUUAACCUAGUAAGUCAGAUUAAGAAGUGACUUUUUAAAAAUUCUGUGCAUCUCUUUCUGUAUAAGGACUAUGCAUUUGUUGCUUAAGUUUAUAACUUUAUACGAAUACUGUUUUUCUUUUAUUAUUGUAACUCCAAUGUUAUGACAGAGCAGAGCUCAGAGAUUAAAGAUUAUGUUUUGGCUCAGACGAUAAUUUACACUUUCGAUGCGUAUGCGCCUUCGAGCCAACUUUCUACAAUAGAUGAGUUAACUUGUGAUAUAUUUGAACUCUUUGUUUGAGCGCCGCCCAUUGUCUUCGAGGGGUUUCAAAAAUAUGUGACGUGUUUUGGAAUGUGGACAAACAGACAGACGGAUGUGUGAACUUCCUAUAAGGAUAUAGCGUAAAGUGUUAUUUCGUUUGUUUUUGGAAAUGCGUAUCAAAGUCUAUUUUUAUAUCGCUGAUCGUGUAGAAUACUUGAAUUGCAGCUAGGUAAUAUAUAGGAUAUUUGUAUAAAGGAAACGCGUUAUCGUUUUGAAUUUCAUAAAUUGUUAUGAUUAAAUUUAAUCGUGAUUGUGUCUAAUUUGAACAUUUCAUAAACAUUCACAGCGCUAAAAUGUGCAAAAAUAUUGUAAUUUUUUAACAAAAAAUAAUUUUCAUAUCUAAUGCAGACUUUGUAAGCUAUUAUACUUUGUUCUAAUACUGUAAAAUUAGUAACAUUUUUAUUAUUAAAUUUAAAAGUACCCCAUAAUGUUACAACUUGAGUAAACUAAACAAGAUAAAAAUAAUACAUCCGAAGCGAUACGCACAAAAAUGUAGACCAAAAAUGAUAACGAAUCAAGUAUUAUGUAACAAAUAUAGCAAAUAUCAUAGUUAUGUGAUUUAGGAGAUUUUAUUUUAUGUUUAGACGAAUUUUAUGUUAUGUUUGUUAACAUUAAUGCCUAAUUAUAUCUUAGUAACAGAUUAAAAAACAAUAACCUCAAUUUACUACAAGUUAAAUACUUACCUAAAUCGAAUAAAUAAACUAAGAUUUGUGUUUUAUCUUUAUUAUAAAAAAAAUCAAAAUGUGACUAUGUAUGAAUAUACUGUAAACUAGUUUAACUUUUGUAUGACAAUUUGUUUUAUGCAAGGCUAUGUAACUGAACAGACAUAAAAAUAAAACAAAUUUUAAAUUGAA